AACUAAGAACAGAUCACACGAGACUUGACCAUCAGUUGGACUUUAUUAUAGCGCAACAGAACGAGUUGGAACAGCUAUUGUCACCAAUUGAGUCCAACAAGUUUGAGAUGAGCGCCAAUAAUGCGGUCAAUACUGAACGGGAAUUCACGUAUUCUUUGGUCGAGACGGUUCACAACGAUCUCAAUGGUAUCGGAACUGAUUUAAAGAAUUUUAUCAAAAAGUUGAAUGAAAUGCGAGCCAAUCAAGACUCGGCCGAUCCAUUGGCACAGAUCUCGAAGAUUCUGAACUCACAUAUGGAUGCUCUUCAAUGGAUUGAAACACAGAUUAAGAAUAUUAAGAUAACUUCUAAUUAAUAACUGCUAAUUAAUAGUACUUUAAGUUGUUUACAGAAUAUA